AAAUACAACAAUAUAAAAUCACUUUUGAUAUUAUUGCCGACAUUAAAAGAUUUCAGUUUUGGCCGUGUUUUGAUUUUACAGCUUGAAAAACAGCAACAAUAACAAACGUACAAACAAACAAACGUCACCCGUGGAUUGCCUUAUCUGGCGUGCACGUUAUCUGCAUUUUGCUUACAAGUUGCCUGUAAUUCGCGUUUCAGAUGCAAUCUGCAAUAUGUCAGAAGGUCAAAUAUUUGAUCAUUGAUCAAAGAGUGUAAUACAGGCUUAAACAAUUCAAUUUGAAUUUCUAAACCAUUUUACGGAUUCUGCGUAGUUUUCAUCUAUUUCUGGAUAGAAAUGGUUUAUCGUAAGCGCAAUAUGUAAACAUAAAUAAAUGUAUUUUCACGUAACCUCUCCUAAAAAUCGUGUUCUGUAUUUCUAAUUCGUUAACUGAUUUGCGUUCCCAUUUUAACGCUAGAAUUCAAUCUAAAGUCUACAAGAGAAUAGAGAAUACAGGAAACAGUAUUAUUUCUUUUAAUACAAAGUUCAACGUUAUUUGCAGAAACGGAAGAACAAUGUUUACAAGAGCAGUACUAAUAGCGACGAAAACUUUUGCUUCUCCCAGAACAAUCACAACCUCGAGUAAAGUUCAUAUAGCUUCCAAUAUUACUUGCAUCCGCAGUAAAGACGUACAGACUUCGAUUUCAUCAACCGCAAAUAAUACACCGGCUGACUCGUACCUUUCUCUUUUGAAAAGUGCCUCAGAUGCUAAGGAAGUUUUAGAGUUUCUGCCAACUUUGAGUAAACGAGAUAACCUACGUCAAAUUGUGACAUUACCUGCACUCAAAUCUCUAUUUGAACUGCACAAACUGGGAAAAACCAGCCUUCCAAAGAACGAAGUAUUGGGCCACUCGCGCUUUGCCGAACUGUGCAGGGCCCUCAAGUAUGAAUCUAGAUCUUUUGGAAUGAACGACAUUACGGAAUGUCUAAAAAUUUUAACUUAUUUUGGAGUACAUUCAAACAGUGAAAUCAUGACAAUCCUGCUCAACCUACUGAGAUACCAAAUUAACGAAGUCACGCUUGAUCACAUCUUAUUUUUGGAUUUUGUUUUGAAAAAGAUGGACCAGAGUCCUCUAAUAGAAGCUCUACAAUUGGCUCUGCCAAUGUUGUUGCAAAUUCAGCUUCCUUACAAAAUGGAUCACAAUAACGUGCAACAGCUGGUUGACCUUCUCGGAUUUGUUGCCGGGCACAAGGUUUCUAGUCGGACUAUGAUUAAUAUAAUUAGUGCAUUGACCUUGCAUGGUACCAACAUAAACAGUCAACACGCUGCCGAAAUUCUAAUUACAAUGUGUGAGUUAGGAUACUACGAGCUGAUACAUACUAAAUUAUUAGAAAAUAUUUUCAUAGUUCUUGAAAAGGAUCUUUACCAAUUAAGUUUUAAAACCAUUGAUUUCAUACUAAUGAAAAUUAGUGAGAAAAAUUUAGAAAAAUACCCGAUGUUCUACAACGAAGCAUUCAUCAAAAAAUGUUCACAAUUUAUGGUUGAUAAGGAUGUUGGAAUAUUGAAUGCAUUAUAUUUUCAAAAAAAGCUUAACAAAAUAGCUUUCCUUCAUGUCCCGCUGUUAGACUACAUUGCCUCUAAGGUUGAUAAUUUUUCGAUCGUACCGUACGCCGGUAUAAUAACCAUCGUGGCGGCGUUUGCAAAUGCAAAUUAUCGACCUCCAAACUGGAAUCAAAUUCAAGCAGAGAUCAUGCAGCAUUCCACUAUAUCAAAUCCAUCGAUCCCAUGGAUCCGGUACAAUUUGGAAUUAUUAUCCUUAGAAAUUUUCAAUGACGUGCUUCUUCGACAAUAUCUUGAACCUCGUGCUUUAGAAAAAAGCAUGGCACGUGACACUCUUGUGGAUCACUUGCAGUUACUGGAGCUAUCGCAAGCUUUACAAUUACUCUAUCCAGAAUACGAAGGACCACUCCCGGAUCAGAAGUAUUUGGAAAAAGCAACAGUGCUUCUCCUCGAGGAUAAUGAGUUACCUUUACAAAAAACUUUAGAAACUGUGUUUGGUGGUAGUAAAAGUGUACUCUCUCACGUUACCUCAAAUUAUGGUCACGUGCUGCAUCAUGUUAUCGUUUUCAACCAACACGGUCUAAUUGUCGAACAACCCGAUUGUAGCAAAAAAGAAUUAACUCGGAUAGAAAAUCUACUAACAGAAGGAAAUCAACCGGUAGCGAUAAUGUGUUUACCAAAAAGUUUUUACGCACACAAUGUGAAUCGUCUGAGGGGGCGUUUUGCAAUGAAUAUCCGAACUAUAGAGACUCUUGGUGUACCCGUUGUUCCAGUUUCCUACCAAAUGUGGAAAAACUUACCGGAGGCUGAACGGUUGCAGUACCUCGAGCGAGAAAUUCGAUCAAAAUUAGUAUAAUUGUUUUUUCGGAUAAUAAAAAGUAGCAAUAUUUAUUUCA